ACUCACUCCUCAACAAAAAAAAAAAAAUAAAGGACAAAAACUUAUGUAUAUUAUAACCAAAAAUCACUAUUGUUUAUUCCCAAUCUUUAAACAAAAACCCAUCUUGUUCUUGCUUGGUUCUUUCCAACACUCCAUCAAUGGAAGUACUAAGAUGCUCUUCUUCUUCUUCACCUCCUCUCAUGAUCAAAAAAACUGUGCCAAUCAAAAGGUCUGUUAACAAGGUUUUGAUGGUUAAACACAGUCAAAGUUCAGUGAAGAAGACACAUCCUUCACUUCUUCAGAUCAGAUCUUCAUCCAAGAAGAAGAUUUUCGAGGAUCAGUCCAAAGGUAUUGUUUGUUACAGAGAUGGGAGUGGAGAGAUUACAUGUGAAGGGUAUGAUGAAGGCCCUCGUCUUCAACAACAACUUUCUGCCAUUACUUAUCAUCCAAGAGAUGCAGAGAUCAUUGAUCUUCUCCAGAAAAAAUGGCUUCAAAUAAUCGAAGGAGGUGACCACCACCAUAACUAUGCAGACAAAGGUGGUGAUGAUGUGCAAAAAGGCUUCAACUGGAAUGGGUUCAACUCAUUACUCUGAUGAUGAUAUCUCCGUCUUCAAACUCCACUAUAUCAUACUUCAUCCAUUUUGAAUUGUUUGUCCAGCACGAAAAAACAAUUUAAAAAUAAUAUAUUAAAUUUAUUAUUUUUAAAUUUUUUUUGGGUUAGAUAAACAAUUUUAGAAGGAAGUAGUAUCAUAAGCCUAUGUGUAAUAUAGUUAUAGUAAGCAAAAGCAAGGCAUUUUCUUUAAUGGUUGCCCUGUACAUCAAAAAAUGCACACAGAGCAUUUCAUUUGUCUUGUUAUAAAGAACCUCUCCUUUUCUUUUUUA